GAGAGUAGUAGGCCUCUGGGCUGUUGCGCGAGCAGAUUGCUUGGUUAGGUGCUGUUUAGCGUGUGCGGUACGAACGCUGUAUUGUGCUUACUAGCAAAUUUUGGAAUGCCGUUUAAGAACAGUUUUUCAACAGGGCAACACUGUGCUGUUUACGGUUGUAGCAACAAUCAAAAGAAGAGGAAUGCUGCAAGAAAACAGUUGUGCGGCACGCACAACGUGGUGCAAGAAGUGUGCGGCUGUAACAUCUAUUUGUUGCAUAGGUUUCCCGCUGAUGUGGAUUUGAAGAGACAGUGGAUCGCAGCAGUGAAUAGAAAAGAUUUCUUCCCUUCGUCAUCGUCACGCGUGUGUUCUAUGCAUUUUGUUGACGGCAAGCGCAGCGAUCAAAACCCUGUGCCUGUGCUUCGUCUCGGAUACGAGAGAAAGGUGCUUAAAGGACGACGAUGUCUAGUAAAUUACGACAGUCAACUGUCAAAGAAAAAGAAUCCUGAGGCAGUUCAUGCUGCUCUUUCUGGGGACCAGGACACAUGCAGUGAGCAGCAGGACUCACACGACACAGGCAGUGAUUCUGGGGAGCAGGACACUGGCAGUGAGCAGCAACACUCGCAGGACACAGGCGGUGAACAGAAGGAACGGAAUGCAAGUCUAAAUGCUGCAGCACUGGAAAACCACAACCGAGUGACAAAGAAGUGACAAGCACAAGGCGCAUUGCAUCUGUUCGAAUUCAUGUCAAGCGUGCAAUCAACAGGAGUAAGACUUACAGGAUCUUUAAGCAAGCACUUCCCAUAUGGUCAAAGAAAACCAUUAGUAACAUGGUAUUUGUGUGUGCAGGACUCUGCAACAUGAAGUCCGAAUUAUCAAGAAGCCAAGUGCUUAGGAAAAAUAAACAGACUUGCGUGUA